UUUUAGGAUUGAAUAAACAUUCAUUAAAUGAUUCCCCCCCCCCCCCUAAGUAUUUGAUCUCGCAGUCAGCUUGCACCUCCUCCUCUCCUCUUAAUCACCACCUCCGCCCUCGCGUUCCUUCCCACAGGCGCCUCUUUCAGCACCGGACAGCUCCCGUCGCUCCUACGCUCCGCCCUCCUCCGGCAGACGGGCGGUGAGAAACAACCACACACGCCGGUGAGCAUCGCUUCAGACAUUCAUGGGGAGGGACACAACUUCACCUACAAUUUGCUCGGAUCUUCGUCAUCUCGAGCGGAUUGAGGACUGGUGAGGAUGCGCGCAGCAUGGAUGGAUGGAUGGAUGCGCGUCGGGAUGUAGGAUUUCUUUUUGCAUAAAAAAUCACAAGGAAUCCCCUUUUUAAGGAAAGGGAUGAAAGGAAAGUCUGUUUUUCCAGAUUACAGAUGCCCGGAUGAGCUGUGUGGAAGGGUGUUUUGUCUGAUUCAGCUCAUUAAAGUGUUGAUCGCUUGACGGACAGAGAUCAGGUUUGGUGAUGCGCGCCACUCUUUAAGCGCCGACAGCGUGAACAGGAACCAUGGCUCUCAUUGUGGUCCCGCUGCUUCUCCAAACGGGUCUCGUUCUGGGAUCAAACUACGGCUAUGUGGAGUGGUCAGACAACGACAGAGACUACAAGUACCCCUCCGACUUCACCACUCAGAGCGCAAGCAGGGAGCCGCCCCAGAGUCCAACCGCGCACCCGCUCCCGGCCACCGAGCGCGCCGUGGUGGCGCACAAAAUCGAGGAGGACCUGCCCCGGGUGGUGACCGCGUUCCUGCACAGCGGGGACUCCUCUGCGCUGAGGCAGGUCAACUGCUCGCGGAGGUACGAGCUCAGCAGCCUGCGCGGGGACCUCCACGUUGCCUCCCACUACUCGCUCCACAGCGUCCUGGACACGGUGGCGCACGCCACAAACUUCCUCAACAUGAUCCUGCAAGCCAACAGGUCCCGCGAGCACGCGCUGCGCAGGGACGUCCACUGGUACCACGCGCUGGUGCAGAGCAUCCUGGAGGGAGACCCCAAGAUCCACAGGGCGGUGGUGACCCUGCACACGGACGCACGGACACCGGGGCCCCACGUCUUCCUUCAGGCGACGAGGGUGGAGGAUGAGCUGGUGCUGGAGGACUUCUCCAGCUCUGCGCACCGCCAGCUGAAGAUCAGGAGCCCGGAGUCGGACUGGUUCAAUGACUUUAGGGAUGGAAGGAGACCCCACGGCCACGGUGGAAGUUACCUUCUGAAGAAGAACCAAAUCAAGUGGUCUGCCCCGUAUUUGGAGUGUGACCACGGGACGUUUGUGCCUUACUGGCUGCUCACAUUGUCUGCUGCCUUCUAUGGGCUGAAGAGCAACUCAGCUCCUGAGUUCAGAGGUGUUGUCCGUGUGGACGUUAACCUGCAGAACGUGGACAUCAACCAGUGCUCCAACAGCGGCUGGUUUGCAGGGACUCAUCGUUGCAAUCUCACCAGUAUGGAAUGCAUUCCGAUCGGUGGACACGGAUUCGUGCUGGACAAGUACAAGUGUCAAUGCAGGAGAGGAUUUUAUCACCCGAGCAGAGUGGCGCUCAAUGGCUUUAAAAGUAAGGAGCAGGACUCCAACAGGGACGAGGCCUCCGACGUGUCCAGCCGGUGUCUGCCAUGCCGGGAGGGCUGCCCCUACUGCCAGGAUGACACGCCCUGCCUGGUGCAAGAAGAUGGCGCUCUGCGGAUCGCCGUGGCCUCCUUCCAGGGUCUCUGCAUGAUGAUGAACUUGGCGAGUAUGGUGGUGGUGUACCACUUAAGGAGAAACAAGAGCAUCCGCACAUCUGGACUCAUUUUGCUGGAAGUCAUCUUGUUUGGAGCAUUACUGCUCUACUUCCCGGUGAUGAUCCUGUACUUCAAUCCCAGUGUGUUCAGAUGUAUCCUCCUGAGGUGGGUCCGCCUCAUGGGUUUCGCCAUCAUGUACGGGACUGUCAUCCUCAAGCUGUACAGAGUGCUGAAGGUGUUCCUGUCCCGUACGGCCCAGAGGACGCCCUACAUGACCAGCUGGCGGGUCCUACGGCUGCUGGUGGUGAUACUGUUGGUGGUUAUGUGGUUCCUGGUGGCCUGGACCUCGGCUGUGUGCCAGAACCCGGGGCUAAGUCAGGCUCUUAUUGCAGCUGGCCUCACCCCAGAAGGACUGCAGUUCAGCAUGUGUCAGCUGGACCGCUGGGACUACAUGAUGGCAGUUGCUGAGUUCCUGUUCUUGCUGUGGGGUGUUUACCUGUGCUACGCCGUCCGUACCAUACCUUCAGCUUUCCACGAGCCAAGAUACAUUGCUGUGGCUAUCUACAAUGAGCUUCUUAUAUCUGCCAUCUUCCACAUCAUCAGAUUCUCUCUGGUCCCAGGCCUGCACCCUGACUGGAUGCUCAUGCUGUUCUUUGCUCACACUCAUCUGACUGUGACUGUGACUUUGGGUCUUCUGCUCGUUCCAAAGUUCCUGUCAAAAGGCAUUCAGGCAAGGGAUGACAUUGCCACAGAGGCAUACGAGGAGGAGCUGGACAUGGGGAGAUCUGGCUCUUACCUUAACAAUAGCAUCACCUCUGCCUGGAGCGAGCAUAGCCUGGACCCGGAUGAUAUACGGGAUGAGUUGAAGAAGCUGUACGCACAACUGGAAGUCUACAAACGAAAGAAGAUGCUCGCCAACAACCCGCACCUUCAAAAGAAACGCAACUCAAAGAAGGGCCUGGGUCGCACCCUGAUGAAACGCAUCACAGAGAUCCCAGAAACCAUGCACAUCCACCGCCAAUGCAGCCGAGACGAUGGCAGCGAGCACGGCAGCAACCGCGGCACCUUGAGGAGAAACCAGUUUGAGCCAAGCCACCACGGAAAAUCUCGAGAUGACUCCCUUAAAAACAAGGUCAUAGCUUUGCCGAAGUCUCUCAGCUUUGACCACGUUUGUGACCAGGAUGCAGAAACUGGGAGCCAAACCGAGUCUGUUCCCGGAGACAAAAUGACCCCGAUCGGAAACGGCGGGGAGGUGUCUCUUCUGGGCUCUCUAAUCGGCCGCAGACAUGCCAAGAAGCACCUGGGACCAGCGGGAACCCCACCAACGCUGGAGCCAGCUGAGUCCACGGAGUCUGUUCCGCUCUUUUGGAAAUCAGCAAGUGCUCACAAUUUAACACACGAGAAGAAACCUGUCCAUCUGCGUACCUCCAUCAUGCAAAAGUCUUUAAGCGUGAUUGCGAGCGCCAAGGAGAAGAUGCCAGGCCUUGCCAACAAAGAGGAUGCCUGCAAGAAGGGCCAGAAGGCUCAAGAGGACAAAAUAUUGUCAGAGGUGGACGAGACACCUGAACAUUUCCCCAAGAUGAUCAUCAGCCAGUCGGUAGAGUACUCCAAGACUCCAAUGAAGAUGGGCAUAAUGAAACAGCAGGUCAGUGGCAGCCAACCAUCCAUUUACCCGGAGACUGGAAGGAACCUUUAUGAUGUGUCCGAGGUUUGUCCCUGGGAGCUGGAAGAGGCUCAGACUCCCUCAGAAGGGAAGACCCAGAAGCACGUGUCCAUCGCGCCUGGAGAGACCACGAUGGGCCGCAGGGGCAGCAGCAGCUCUGGAACCAGCAAAGCCAGCCGAUCUCAGCAGAGGCAGAAAGUAGGGCAGUCGCCAUCCAACAAACGUCGGUCCAAAGACAAAGAUGGAGAAAGGGUUGAUGGGCGGGAGGCACAGAAAUCUCGCCCGCCCAAAUCACCUCUCCCUCUUAAACCAGACGUGUGCCCCUGGGAAUUUGAAGAGCAGCCCAUGCUGGGAGGAGAUUCAGACUCCCUCUCUCCUGACAGAAUCAGGCGAAAGAAAAGUGUCACACCCACUGAUGGGAAACCCAAAGGGCUCCACUCGGACCAUUCCAAGUCUACUGGGAGCCUUUUACAGCCACCAUCUCUCACGGUGGAAAUCUGCCCCUGGGAUUACACCAGCCCACCCUCGCCAAAGCAGGAGAGGACCUGCAACAGUCCCACCACGCACAAGAAGAAACGGAAAGGCUCCUCCUCAUCCAACCACAAAGCUGAAAAGGAGAAAGGCAGAGAGAAAAGCAGGGAGAGGCGGAGCUCCUCCAGCAAGCCUCCGUCAGAGAGGAGACGGGUUAGCCAAUCGUCUGAAUGUGGUGGGUUGGUUUCAGAGCGACGACGGAGUUCAACAAGAGACGCAGACACUACCGAGAUCAGGAGAUCAGAGGCUUUUUCCCGCGAGACGGGGCACUCACACAGCAACUUGGCUCAGACUAAAAGAUCACCAGAGAAGAAGAAAGAAAGCACAGCGCGCUCCGGGUUCAAACCUACAGCCCUUAGCAGCGCAAAUUUAGUUGAUGUCUGCCCUUGGGAUUUUCCAGAGCAAGAUUCAGGCGAGCAAGCAUAAUGACUGGGUCAAAAGUUUCCUUUUUGUAAUUCCAAUGAAAGAACCAAAAGAAUGAUAAACUUACAAUAGACUGGUUUGAAAGAGGGGUUCUUUCUGGGUCACCUCUGUGACAAGCAGACUGUGACAGGAGGACAGUAGAUGUUUCAUCGUUACACCACAUUUUAAAUGCAUUCUUCUGGCUGAUUUUUUUUUUUUUUUGUUCCACUUCUAGCAAAGAACAAAAGUUUCCAUAUGGUAUCACAUUUGAUUGGGCAAUUUGUUAAAAGAUUCAUACAUUUAUUGACCAACUGAGGUGACAAUCAUUUUCAGGAUACAUUGGACACAGUUGCAACACAUGGAGGAAACAGAGAACUGGGAUUUUGGGUCCGUUUGACAGUGAUGUCAAAGUACCAGAAUGAAAUACUCAGUGUAAGCCCGCUGUGUUUUACUAUAAUCUUUUCUUUUAGAAGUGACUCGUCAGUACUUGUACAUCAGUGAUCCAAAAAUAAAACACAGACCUAGUGUCAUUCACAUCCGCCAUCUUUUUGCUUCCGAUGUCAAUAAAAUGACUUCAUGUUAAUGUUAAUUACAGAUUAAACCUUACAUCCCAUCCCAAUCAUUGUUAGCAAUCAAAUAUUUAAAAAAAACUGAUUGGUGGGACCCUAACUAGCAUAUUGAGUAUAAGAGACUAUCUCUUGUGCAUCAGCAAUUCCUAAAUGUCAAAUCAUCAGAUAUCUUCUAUACAAAUUAAUUUUAGCCUGUUUUUCUUUUUUAUUUUAAUCCAAUCAUAGUUUUUCAUGAAUUCUCAUUUAAGCCUUUCUCACAACUCCCCUUACAGGUGGAUACUGACUGUCUGCAGGACAUAUAAGCGAUCCGUACAAAACUUUAAGAUUGUGAACCAUCCAGUGACCCCUCAAGGCAAGAGCCCACUUUUUCUAAGGUUUUUUUAGGCCCUAUGCAUUACUGAUAUACUUUUGCUAGACAGUAGUUGGGUAGGCUCCAGCAAUCCUGAUCAUGAACAGGGCAAAGCGGGUAUAGAAAAUAGAUGGACCUUCAUCUUCUCUCCAACGUCACCUAGAGUAGAUUCACAAUCUAUUCUUAGCUUUGUUGAAAACUCUUUUGGAACUCAACAGCACAUGUCUGGUUUUACCAAUCUCCAUAUCCAGUGCUGUUCACUUCAUGUGACUCAACUCAUGCUAGUGUUUGGGCCUUUAGAUCCUAGUCCAAGCACUCUUUUUCAAAACACGUCCUCUGCUAGCAUGCUGAUUCUGCAUCAAAAAGGAAGACCGUCCCCUAUGAGACAGUUUUGUACAAUUAACUUUUUUUUGGCAGCAACUUUAUCAAUCUUUACAGCUUGUUUUAGAUCAUGUGUUCAAAUAUCCCUGACUGCCCAGUCUUAGUCCUUUCCAUCAAUGCUCAUUUUACCUCUUUUUAUUCCUUUCUGCUGAUCCCAUGGUUCUGUAUUUACUCAAUCAAAAAAUGGGGUCCUCAAACCAAGUUAAUAAUUUGAAAGUUGGUUAUGGUUAGAUAGAAGGAAGCAGAUUGGUAGAUCUGAAGAAUCAGGAAUGGCUUACCCUGACAGAUCAAAAGAUAUCCUACCAUCUAGACCAGAGAUAGGCAACUCUAGGCUUUGAGGGCCGCAGUGUCUGCAUGAUUUCCAGAUAUUCAAGCCCUACUAGUUACCAUUUACCUGGUUCAGGUGUGUCCAGCCAAUUAGAAUAUGCCAGAGCAUGG